UCUUAUGCAUGGCUAUCUAUACAGCAGAUCUCAGUACAAAACUGUGGCACGAUGGGAGCUCUUCUUAUGGUAAAGGCUGUAGCCAUACUUGCUGCAAUGUUCCAGCUACUUGCAUUUAAAAAUGCAGAAAGUGUUGAAUGUCCAGUAAUAGAUGCAACGUGGAGAAACUUCAGCACGCCCAACUGUAAUGGCUCCAACAUCACCAAUGAUUUCCUCAUUUGUUUACAACCGAGUGUUCAUCUUAAUGAAACCCAGUCAGCCUAUGGUGUCUGCAGGCUACCACUGCAUUUUAAUGGGAGAAUUGUGUCAGCAAUGUAUUGUCCUCCGACUAGUGCACAAAAUCAGAGUUGCGAAAUAAUUGGUAUACGAAGUAACAAUAGUUGCUACCAAGUAUCGAACUCAAAUAUUUUUUUUAGAACAUCAACUAUUAGAAGAGAAAUUGAGAUUUUUAUCGAAGACGUGAUUUUAAGUACAAGCCUAACUAUGAUUGAAUGCAUUGAAGAACAUUUUUCAUCAUCAGGAGAUACUCCAAUUCCUUUGGAUACAACAUCUGCUAUUAUCUAUGUAGAGCUAGAUGAUGACACAGGUGCAUCUACUGCCGAUUCUACUGCCGAUUCUACUGCCGAUUCUACUGCCGAUUCUACAUCAUCAUCUUUAACCUACCCUAUUAACUGGCUGUUAAUUAUUGGAGGUUUUUGUAUUGCUCUAUAGUUUUGUAAUUAUCUCUGGAAGAUUUCCGGAAAAGAGCCUCUCUCAAUAGUCUUUAACUGUUCUCAUACUUAAAGAGGCCCUGCAUGCGUGUCUCUGUGUAUACCUGCAAGUACCCUGCAUGUAUAUGUUCAGUUUUGUCCUAAUUGUUGUGAAGUUCUGUCA